UCAAUCUCCCUCUCUCAAUCUCCACCACCACUACUUUCAUCGUCAUCGUCACCAGCAGCGUCCACGUCCCCCCCCCCCUCGGCUUGCUCUGAUCUGCACUGGUCGCCGCCCAUUCACUUCACUCGUUCGCUUCAGUCGCCGGCUCCCUUAUCGUCUCGGCAACACCGCACCUUCCCUUGCCACCAGCUGCCGCCGACAGGUUUCACUCCCCAUUGCAGCCGACGUCAUUUUCAAACAUUGAUGCUGUGAAGCAGUGCUCCUCUUCCUUGUUGCCCGCCUUUGAGCCAAGCCCACGUCUACUGUUUCAAGCAUGACCGAUUCAAACCGUUCUACGUCGACCCCUCCGUUUGCCACCACAAGUGUCGACUUGUCCUACCAGGCUUCUGAGGUCAUUAUCGAUUCCGCCCCUGAACCCAGCACCUACGUCGAGGGCGCAAGGGGUAUCACCACUGCAUUGGACUCGCUCUCCAUUAGCGCCCAAGGUGACAACGUCACCGCAACGCCGAACAUUGAUAAGUCGGUCGACGAGUCGCGGGGAAGUCGUCAGUCGGCCAUCCCCCGUGUCUCUUUUGACGAAAUGUCGCCGUUCAUGACCGAGCCCGAAGGCAAUGAUAGCAAGAGCAGUCAAUCCGGAGGCCCUCCCGCCUUCCCGUCGCCACCCCGCGCCGAUCAGGAGGUUCGGCGGCCACCGCAGCGUUCCUCGACAUUGCCUGGUGCCACGAAGGCCCCUCAGCUCGAGUCAUCUCGACCUGCACUUGGCCGUUCGCAGUCCAGCAACGAUACUGCAGUAGGGACAAUGGGUGUGGGAUCCAUCCCCAUCGGUACAUCAGCGAUUGUCUCGGCGAUUACGGCGUUGCCGUGGGAGGCUUCAGAGGAAGAGUCGUCGGGAGAGGAGAGCGAUCCUCAGCCACCUGCCCAUCGGCUGUCGAAGACUGUGCUGUUCAAGCCGCGGGCCAAGAAGCCUGCUGCUCCUCGACUGCACUCUUCUCUCCACACCAUUAAAACCAUGCACGGUGGUGUUGGAGAAGAGGAAGACGACAACAAUGACAAAGAUCAUGUGACCCCGGUUGACACCAAGUCAAAAUCGCACCACCACUUCCACCACCAUCUCACGUUCCCGUUCAAGGACAACGUUAUUGCUCGUCGAGCGCGGGCGCCGGGUCACUCGGAACUCGUGGCUCAGGGUGUAGAGACUGCAUCUAUCAAGUCGCCAGACACCGAGGAACCGGAUAGACCGCCCCGCCGCGUCGAGUCGUCAUCGACCAUCACGAUUGGAAACGUCUCUGGCAGCGGUGACGGUCAGGGCCGUGUGGCGGAAGACGCACUCAGCGUGGAGGAGGAUCCUUCAGACAGCCAACCUCUAGCGAAGCGGCUACAAGAUGUGUUUGGGCUCGAUGAUCAGGAGGAAGUGAUUGCCGAAAUGAGCUGCUGGCUCUUGCGGAGCGUCAUGUUGAAGGGAUACAUGUUCCUGACCAGAACGCGCAUUUGCUUCUUCGCGAAUAUGCCGCAUGAAGACACUGUCGUGCUCAAGAGUGGCCCGUUGUACAAGAAGCACCACCGGACGAAGCUCAGUCCAAAGUUUUGGGUUGUGCUACGCGACAAUGUCCUUUCGUGGUAUGACAACUCGAACGACCCAUACUUCCCUCGGGGCAACGUACCUCUGCAGUAUGCCUCGAGCUGCGAGGCACUGGAUAGCACGCGGUUCAAGCUGCGCACCUCGGAGCGCAAUUACACAUUCACGGCCGACUCUGAAGCCAACGCUACGGAGUGGGUCCGUGUCAUCCAAAAGGCGAUCUUCAAGGUCCAGCACGAGGGGGAGAGCGUGAAGAUUGUGAUUCCUCUCGAAGCCGUCGUCGACAUUGAACGGAACCCCACUCUGGAGUUUGCCGAGACUAUCGAGGUCAAGGUGGUCGACCCUGAGGAUGCCAUGUCCAUGGACAGCUACUUCUUUGCCUCAUUCCCCGACAAUGACUUUGCAUACAACGUGCUGCAUCAAGCACUCGAAGAGCGGCCGAUUUCGAACCUUCCUCCUGCGUCUUCGGUCCAGGAGGCUGAGGAGAAGGAGAAGACCACCCAAGCCACCACUGGCGGUUAUGGUCUGCCUAGCAUUGGGACCGUCCUUCGGCCACUCCUCAGUCGACCUGGUGUCUCGGAGACGCGCACCCCUAUUGUGGCCCCCCACCAGCCUACUCUGCCACAGUCGUACACAGAUGACUCCCUGGCAUACCACGGCGGUGGUGAGACGGAAGGAUCUGAUGACGAAGAAGAUGAUUCCGAAGGCGUCAAGGGCUACCCCCCGAAGCAAGUGGGGAAGCCGCCUCCAGGAAUGAGCACGCCCCCACCUUCUGGCUGGCCCACGGACUGGAUCAAGAACCCUGCGGCAAAGCUGUUCGGGUCGUCGCCUGGGCGAUCUGGAUCGCCGAAGCAUUGGCCCAGAGGCAAGGGCGCUCGACGUCCUCGAGCCCAGAUCUCGUCUGUUACCGAAGUACUGGGGCCGUCCGCUGUCACGACCGAUGAAGAAAGCGAGGCGGACCUCGCACCCAGGAAGGCUCGGCUCUCGUUUGCGUCGGUACCUGACAAGCCCACGAAGGCAGUUAUCGAUGACAACGUAAUCGCCAAGUUCCGCAGAACCUUCGGCGUUCCCGAAAGUGACCAGCUUCUGGACCACUUCACAGGCUACCUGUACCGCCUCAUUCCUGUUAGGGGUCGAUUCUACAUCUCGGAGAACUACUUCUGUUUCAGAUCGUAUCAGAAGAUCUACAAGACAACCAUGAUCGUACCGAUUCGCGACAUGUUUGGCGUCAAGCCACAAAACGCGUUCCGCUUUGCUCAUCAUGGCCUCAUCUUGAUCGUCAAGGGCCAUGAGGAAGUCUUUAUCGAGUUCUCGUCCUCCGACCGUCGCAGCGAGUGCAUGAGACUCUUGGAGGAACGAAUCGAAGCCAUCCGCCUUGACACGGACGUGAUUGAGGACAAGACUAUCGAGGGGGAGGAGGUUCUUGCAGAAGAUGAAGGGGCUCUGAAGCCUGCGGUGUCACUGGAGAACAGCAGUGUGAUAUCAAACAGCACAUCGAUGUCGUCCGCAAUGUUCGGGUCGACCGCCAGCACCUUCUUGGACUUCAAGCCCGAACCAAUGACUAUCGUGUGCCUGACAAUUGGCAGUCGCGGAGAUGUGCAGCCGUACAUUGCGCUCUGUAAGGGCUUAAUGGCUGAAGGUCACACCACGAUCAUCGCCACCCAUGGCGAGUACCAGAAAUGGGUUGAGGGGCACGGCAUCGGGUUCCGAAGCGUCGGCGGCGACCCCGCUGAGCUGAUGGCAAUGUGUGUUGAGAAGGGAAUGUUCACUGUUGGAUUCCUCAAGGAAGGCCUGCAAAAGUUCCGCGGUUGGCUUGACGACCUCCUCCAGUCCUCAUGGGAGGCAUGUCAAUCGGCCGAUCUUCUCAUCGAGUCGCCCAGUGCAAUGGCUGGCAUUCAUGUAGCAGAGGCUCUCCAAAUUCCCUACUACCGUGCUUUCACGAUGCCUUGGACGCGCACUCGAGCCUACCCGCAGGCAUUCGCCGUCCCUGAGCAACAGCGAGGUGGAAGCUACAACUACAUGACAUACGUCAUGUUCGACCAGAUCUUCUGGCAUGCCAUUUCGGGCCAGAUCAACCGAUGGAGGAAGCACACUCUCGGCCUGGAUGCCACUGGGCUUGACAAGCUGGAGCAGACCAAAGUGCCAUUCCUCUACAACUUCUCACCGACGGUCGUGCCACCACCUCUGGACGCAACCGAAUGGAUCCACACGACCGGAUACUGGUUCCUUGACCAUUAUGACGGAGCGAAGCAGAACAAUUGGACACCUCCAGAGGACUUGGUGGCCUUCAUUGAAGGAGCCCACGCCAAGGGAAAGAAGGUGGUCUACAUUGGCUUUGGAUCCAUUGUUGUCACUGAUCCCGAUGAGAUGACACGCUGCGUUGUGGAUGCCGUAGUGGACUCUGGUGUUUGUGCCGUCCUUUCCAAGGGCUGGUCAGACCGAGGCCACAAGCAUCAGAGCGCCAAGGCGAAGGCUGAGAUCAUUGAGUACCCCGACGUCAUCUACCCCGUCGACUCCAUUGACCACUCGUGGCUAUUCCCCCGCAUCGAUGCCGCCUGCCACCACGGUGGUGCUGGAACUACCGGCGCGAGCCUCCGCGCCGGUAUUCCCACGAUCAUCAAGCCGUUCUUCGGUGACCAGUACUUCUGGGCCGAGCGAGUGGAGAGCCUCGGUGUUGGCACGUCUAUUCGCAAGCUCACCAAGGAGACACUGGCAGAUGCUCUGUUGCAGGCUACCACCAGCGAGAAGGAGAUUGCGCGCGCAAAGUCUGUCGGCGAGCGAAUCCGCAAGGAGAGUGGUGUUCAAAGAGCCAUCGAGGCACUCUACCGCGAUCUCGAGUACGCCAAAGCGCUCAUCAAACCGUUACCAAGCUCUGAGCCCCGACGCACCAUCUCGCUUCCAGUGCGCGUCCGCACGUCGUCCACUCCUAAGAGUGGAGCCCAAACCCCAUUCAGCACCGACAGCACUGGGGGCGAGCACAGCACUGGGCACAGCCGCGCCAACAGCCAUGGCAGCAUCUUCGGGGGCCUGAAGCGCCAUACAUCCAACAAGCACGCCAGAGCCGUAUCGGCAGACCGCGAGGGCAACUCUGAUGAGAGCUGGUCUGUGGUGUCCGACACUGGCGUCGGCGACAGUCAAGUGUCGUCGCCUGCCCAGGCCUCCAAGGUCUUGAGCGAAGGUAGCUGGGCCGCCGAGUCUGAGGAGGUACCUCGUGCUGGGCUCUUGGGUGGACUUGUCGGCCACCUUCUGCCUGGCAAGCGGACGCCCGACCGGUCGCAAGCAGCCACCCCGGAACCUCCACGCCCAGUGGCCUCCGGCACGGCAGCGUAGAAGAAGAGAAGGCGAGAUUAGAGAGUAAGAAGAGAUGAGAAUAGAAAGAGUUAUAUAUGGGCGCAGCGUCCCGGCUCUGGUUUGUUGUAUCUGGGUAUCGAUGCAUACUUCUCCAUGUGUGCAAUGCCGGCUUGAUGGUUGUCGUCGUCGCCCGGCUUUGUUGUUGCUUGCUGUUGCUACAUUUACUCGUCGGCGGCGAGCGCGGCAGCCUCCUUCUUUUGGCGGACGAGCUGCUUCAUGCGGCGCAGGUAGUCGUCGUACUGGCACUUCUCGUACGCAUGCCUGUGGUCCUCGCACUUCCAUGUCAGGUAGUUGGUCUGGUGGCGGCAGACGUUGAGGGGGAUGAGGAGGGAAGAGCACUGGUCGCGCCAUCCGAUGGGCAGGCGCGCCGUCGACAUCUCAGACUCGGAGGCGGUGGUUCCCUGUGCCAUUGUUGCGGGUUGGUGCUUGUUGUCGGUAUGCGAUCGUCGCUAUCGUUGUCGAUAUCAUUACCUCGUGCUGCUCAAUGCGCC